ACGGCGGCGGCGGCGGCGGCGGCGACGCCGGGUGGGGAUGGGGUCGCAGACGCUGCAGAUCCUCCGGCAGGGGGUGUGGGCCGCGCUCAGCGGCGGCUGGUACUACGACCCUCACCAGGCCACCUUCGUGAACGCGCUCCACCUCUACCUGUGGCUCUUUCUGCUCGGCCUGCCCUUCACGCUUUACAUGGCCCUUCCUUCUUCGAUGAUUAUAGUAGCAGUUUAUUGCCCCGUGGUAGCUGCUGUUUUCAUUGUUCUGAAGAUGGUCAACUAUCGACUGCACAGGGCACUUGAUGCUGGAGAAGUUGUAGAUCGGCGCGCGAGUGGAUUUCCAGAUCAGCGAGGCAAAGCUGAGCAAGGCAACUGUUCAACAAGGAGGAAAGACAGCAACGGUCCAAGUGAUCCUGGUGGAGGGAUUGAGAUGUCAGAGUUCAUUCGAGAGGCCACACCUCCGGUUGGUUGCAGUUCGAGAAAUUCGUAUGCUGGUCUAGACCCAAGCAACCAGAUUGGAUCUGGAUCUUCUCGACUUGGAACAGCAGCAACUAUUAAAGGAGAUACGGACACUGCUAAGACUUCUGAUGAUAUAAGUUUAAGUCUGGGCCAGAGCUCUAGUCUUUGUAAAGAAGGAAGUGAAGAGCAAGAUUUGAAAAUUUGGGUGACUGACCGCAAGCUCUUCCGCCUGGUCUCCAAUGACUCCUUCAUUUCUAUUCAGCCAUCGUUGUCCUCUUGUGGACAGGACUUACCGAGGGACGUCAGUGACAAAGUGAGCCUGCCAAGUCAUAGCCAGCACCACCAUGUUGAUCAGUCACUGUCCAGCGCCUGUGACACGGAAGUGGCUUCUCUCGUACCUCUCCAUUCACACUCAUACAGGAAGGAACACCGGCCACGAGGAGUGCCACGGACUUCCAGCUCCGCCGUGGCGUUUCCUGACUCGUCACUGAAUGACUUUCCUCUUUACCAGCAGAGACGGGGCUUAGACCCAGUUAGUGAGUUAGACUUGUCCAAGCCCUCCUCAGGACCCAGAGAGUCCUUAGUGGAAAAGCCUUGCCCACCUGCGGAAUUUCAGCCUGCUGGGGAUCUGAAAAAAAGUAAUUCCCAACCACCCACAAAGUGUGGGAGGAGCAGGGCACUGAAUGCUGAAAAAAGCGUGGACAGCCUGAGGAGCCUGAGCACACGGAGCAGUGGGUCCACGGAGAGCUACUGCAGCGGGACCGACAGGGACACCAACAGCACUCUGAGCAGCUAUAAAAGCGAGCAGACCAGCUCCACUCACAUUGAGAGCAUCUUGUCUGAGCAUGAGGAAUCUCCUAAAGUGGGAAAGAAGAGCACCCGGAAGAAAGAGUGCUGUGCUGACUCAGCAGAGGAGAGGCGCCAUGGUGCUGGUGACCAGAGGACUAGCAGUGACAAGGCUGCCCCAGAGGAGAGUGCACCUGUUGGGCCUCCUGAGGCCCCAGAUGCUCAGGCAUCUGAGGAAAUGGGUGACCAUGUAGCUCCCAGUAGCUCUGCAUCAGAAGAUGCCAAUAAAAACCCCCACGCAAAUGAGUUUACUGUCCCUGGGGACAGGCCUCCUGAGCAAAGUGAAGAGAGCAAAGAGGAGCAGAGUGAGAAGCCCAGCCUUUCCACAGACUCCAAAGUUUGUAAAGACGAUGGUGGGAGGCAGAAGGAAGGAGACGUCCGACCCAAGUCCUCCAGCUUAAUCCACCGGACGACAUCUACCCACAAGCCAGGCAGGAGGCGCACCGGGAAGAAACGGGCCAGCAGUUUUGACUCCAGUCGCCACAGAGACUACGUUUCCUUUCGAGGAGUCUCUGGAACCAAGCCACACAGCGCUGUGUUUUGUCACGACGAGGACUCUAGUGAUCAAAGCGACUUGAGCAGGGCACCGAGUGUUCAUUCUGCCCAGCAGCUCAGCAGUGACAGCUCUUCCAGCGCUGCUUCUCAUUCGUGCCAGUCUCCCGAGGGCAGAUACAGCGCCCUCAAGACCAAACACGGCCGCAAGGACCGGGGCACAGACUCAGACCACACGCACAGAGCUCAUGCAGGCCCCGAGGGAACUGCCAAAAAGAGGGCCACUCGAAGGACUUCCAGCACAAGCAGUGCCAAGACUCGGGCUCGGGUGCUGAGCUUGGAUAGUGGCACUGUGGCCUGUUUGAAUGACUCAAACAGGCUGCUGGCCCCGGAAACAAUGAAGCCCUUAACCACUUCCAAGUCAGACCUUGAGGCCAAAGAGGGAGAGGUGCUGGAUGAGCUGUCUCUCCUGGGCCGCGCUUCCCAGUUAGAGACAGUCACUCGCUCUAGGAAUAGUUUGCCAAGCCAGGUUGCAUUUCCUGAAGGGGAAGAGCAAGAUGCAAGCACUGGAGCAGCACAGGCCAGCGAGGAGGCAGUGGCUUUUCGCCGUGAACGCAGCACAUUUAGGCGCCAGGCAGUACGGCGCCGGCACAAUGCAGGGAGUAACCCUACCCCUCCUACCUUGCUCAUCGGAUCGCCCCUAAGCCUUCAAGAUGGUCAGCAAGGCCAGCAGUCCACAGCCCAGGUCAAAGUGCAGUCCCGCCCCCCAUCCCAGGCUCCAGUGCUCAGUGCUAGUGCCUCCUUGCUGGUGAGAAAAGGGAGUGUCCACUUAGACGCCUCACAUGACCAUACAUCUGCUGUAGGCGGUAGCAGUUUGCACGAUGAACUUGGUAAGUUCUCAUCCACACUCUAUGAGACGGGUGGCUGUGACAUGUCACUUGUGAAUUUCGAACCAGCAGCAAGAAGAGCGUCCAAUAUCUGUGACACGGAUUCUCACGUAUCAAGUUCUACCUCAGUUCGAUUUUAUCCACACGAUAUGAUUCGGUUGAACAGACUGUUGACCAUUGACACAGAUCUGUUGGAGCAGCAGGACAUUGAUCUAAGCCCUGACUUGGCAGCCACUUAUGGCCCCACAGAAGAAGCUGCCCAAAAAGUUAAACACUAUUACCGCUUUUGGAUCCUACCCCAGCUCUGGAUUGGCAUUAACUUUGACAGACUCACUCUUUUGGCGCUGUUUGACAGAAACCGUGAGAUUCUGGAGAACAUAUUAGCUGUCGUCCUGGCUAUUCUUGUGGCUUUUUUGGGAUCCAUUCUUCUCAUCCAAGGCUUCUUCAGAGACAUCUGGGUGUUCCAGUUCUGCCUGGUGAUAGCUAGCUGCCAGUACUCACUGCUCAAGAGUGUUCAACCUGAUUCUUCCUCUCCCAGACACGGUCAUAAUCGCAUCAUUGCCUACAGUAGGCCAGUUUACUUCUGUUUAUGUUGUGGCCUCAUUUGGCUCUUGGAUUAUGGCAGCAGAAACCUAACUACAAGCAAGUUCAAAUUAUAUGGAAUAACUUUCACCAAUCCACUGGUGCUUCUGUCAGCCAGGGAUUUGGUUAUAGUGUUUACACUCUGUUUCCCAAUAGUAUUUUUCAUUGGUCUCCUGCCUCAGGUGAACACGUUUGUAAUGUACCUUUGUGAACAGUUGGAUAUCCAUAUCUUUGGUGGGAAUGCCACCACCAGCCUGCUGGCAGCACUGUACAGUUUCCUCUGCAGCAUUGUGGCCGUCGCUGUGCUGUAUGGGCUAUGCUUCGGAGCUUUAAAGGAUUCCUGGGAUGGCCAGCACAUUCCAGUACUUUUCUCUGUGUUUUGUGGUUUGUUAGUGGCGGUGUCCUAUCAUCUCAGCCGACAAAGCAGCGACCCCUCUGUGCUCUUCUCUUUGAUGCAAUCCAAGAUUUUUCCAAAAACUGAAGAGAAAAACCCAGAAGACCCUCUGUGUGAAGUGAAAGACCCACUGCCAGAAAAGCUUAGCAAUUCUGUUAGUGAGCGUUUGCAGUCCGACCUCGUGGUGUGCAUCGUCACUGGUGUGCUGUAUUUUGCUAUCCAUGUGAGCACAGUGUUCACAGCAUUGCAGCCUGCUCUCAAGUACGUGCUGUAUGCACUGGUCGGCUUGGUGGGUCUCGUAACCCAUUACGUGCUGCCUCAAGUGAGGAAACAGCUGCCGUGGCACUGCUUCUCCCGCCCUCUGCUGAGGACAGCCGAGCACAAUCAGUAUGAAGUUCGAAAUGCAGCCACUAUGAUGUGGUUUGAAAAACUUCACGUGUGGCUUCUUUUUGUGGAAAAGAAUAUCAUCUAUCCACUGAUUGUCCUCAAUGAACUGAGCAGCAGUGCAGAGACAAUUGCCAGCCCAAAGAAACUGGAUACAGAGCUGGGUGCUCUGAUGAUCACCAUUGCUGGCCUGAAGCUGCUGCGCUCCUCCUUCAGCAGCCCCACGUACCAGUACGUCACCGUCAUCUUCACUGUGCUCUUUUUCAAGUUCGACUACGAAGCCUUCUCAGAGACCAUGCUGCUGGAUCUCUUCUUCAUGUCCAUCUUGUUCAGCAAGCUUUGGGAGCUCCUCUAUAAACUGCAGUUUGUGUACACCUAUGUGGCGCCCUGGCAGAUCACGUGGGGCUCUGCAUUCCAUGCUUUUGCUCAGCCCUUUGCGGUGCCCCACUCGGCUAUGCUGUUUGUUCAGGCAGUGGUGUCGGCUCUCUUCUCCACGCCACUAAACCCCUUCCUGGGCAGUGCCAUAUUCAUCACCUCCUACGUCAGACCCGUGAAGUUCUGGGAGAGGGACUACAACACAAAACGUGUGGAUCACUCAAAUACCAGACUGGCUUCUCAGCUUGACAGAAAUCCAGGAUCAGAUGACAACAAUCUGAAUUCUAUCUUCUAUGAGCAUUUAACCAGAUCCUUACAGCACAGUCUUUGUGGGGAUUUGCUGCUGGGACGGUGGGGAAACUAUAGUACUGGAGACUGUUUCCUCCUGGCCUCUGACUAUCUCAAUGCACUGGUACACCUCAUAGAGAUAGGCAACGGCCUGGUCACUUUCCAGCUGCGGGGACUUGAAUUCAGAGGUACCUACUGUCAGCAGCGGGAGGUGGAGGCCAUCACAGAAGGUGUAGAGGAAGACGAGGGGUUCUGCUGCUGUGAGCCAGGCCAUGUCCCUCACGUGCUGUCCUUCAACGCUGCCUUUGGCCAGCGCUGGCUGGCUUGGGAAGUGGUCGUCACCAAGUACAUUCUGGAGGGCUACAGCAUCACUGACAACAGUGCGGCGUCCAUGCUGCAAGUCUUUGAUCUUCGCAGAGUCCUUACCACUUACUAUGUCAAGGGCAUCAUUUACUACGUCACAACCUCCUCUAAGCUAGAGGAAUGGCUCGCUAACGAGACGAUGCAGGAAGGACUGCGUCUGUGUGCGGACCGAAAUUAUGUUGAUGUGGACCCAACUUUUAACCCAAACAUCGACGAAGACUAUGACCAUCGGCUGGCAGGCAUAUCUCGGGAGAGUUUCUGUGUGAUUUACCUCAACUGGAUAGAGUACUGCUCUUCCCGGAGAGCAAAGCCUCUAGAUGUGGAUAAAGACUCCUCCCUGGUGACUCUUUGUUAUGGACUCUGUGUUCUGGGACGGAGAGCUUUGGGAACGGCCUCCCACCAUAUGUCCAGUAACCUGGAGUCGUUCCUCUAUGGAUUGCACGCCCUCUUUAAAGGAGACUUCCGGAUUUCUUCAGUCAGAGAUGAGUGGAUCUUUGCUGACAUGGAACUGCUGAGAAAAGUUGUCGUGCCUGGGAUCCGCAUGUCCAUCAAACUCCAUCAAGAUCACUUCACUUCUCCGGACGAGUAUGACGACCCCACUGUGCUCUACGAAGCCAUCGUGUCUCAUGAGAAGAACCUUGUCAUAGCCCAUGAGGGUGACCCUGCAUGGCGGAGCGCGGUGCUUGCCAACUCUCCGUCCUUACUGGCUCUGCGGCAUGUCAUGGACGAUGGCACCAAUGAGUACAAGAUCAUUAUGCUCAACCGACGCCACCUGAGCUUCAGGGUCAUUAAAGUGAAUAAGGAGUGUGUCCGAGGCCUCUGGGCAGGCCAGCAGCAGGAGCUUGUGUUUCUCCGGAACCGGAACCCAGAGAGAGGCAGCAUCCAGAAUGCAAAGCAGGCGCUGCGGAACAUGAUCAACUCAUCCUGCGACCAGCCUAUUGGCUACCCUAUCUUCGUGUCACCCCUGACAACGUCCUACUCUGACAGCCAUGACCAGCUCAAAGAAAUUCUUGGAGGACCAAUCAGCUUGGGAAAUAUCCGGAACUUCGUAGUGUCUACGUGGCACAGGCUAAGGAAAGGUUGUGGAGCCGGCUGUAACAGUGGUGGCAAUAUUGAAGAUUCUGACACUGGAGGUGGGACUUCCUGUCCAGGUAACAAUGCAGCCACUGCCAGUGAUCCCCACAGCAAUGUGUCCCAAGGAAGCACUGGGAACCCUGGACAGGGAACAGGCUCUGGACUCCACCCACCCACCACAUCGUAUCCUCCAACACUAGGCACUAGCCACAGCGCCCACUCAGUGCAGUCCGGUCUGCUUAGACAAUCCCCAGCGAGAGCCUCUGUGGCCAGCCAGUCUUCCUACCGCUACAAUGGCCGGCACUCGUCCCUCCGGAUGUCCACCACGGGCUUUGUGCCAUGUCGGCGCUCCUCUACCAGUCAGAUAUCACUUCGAAACUUGCCGUCAUCCAUCCAGUCCCGCAUCUCCAUGGUGAACCAGAUGGAAGCCGCCAGCCAGGGCGGCAUGGGCUGUGUGCAGCACGGCCUGCCAUCUUCCAGCAGCUCCAGCCAAAGCAUCCCGGCCUGCAAGCAUCACACGCUCGUAGGCUUUCUUGGGGCAGAGGGCAGUCAGAGCGGAGCCACUGAGGCCCAGCCAGGCAACACCUUAAGUCCUGCCAAUGUUUCACAGGCCAGAAAAGGGGAGGUCAUCUACAGAGUCCAAAUUGUGGAUCUCAGUCAGAUUCUGGAAGGAAUUAACCUGUCAAAAAGGAAAGAGCUGCAGUGGCCUGACGAAGGAAUUCGGUUAAAAGCUGGAAGAAACAGCUGGAAAGACUGGAGUCCUCAGGAGGGCAUGGAAGGCCAUGUGAUUCACCGAUGGGUGCCUUGCAGCAGAGACCCAGGUACAAGGUCCCACAUCGACAAGACAGUGCUUCUGGUCCAGAUUGAUGAUAAAUACGUGACUGUAGUUGAAACGGGGGUACUGGAACUGGGGGCAGAAGUGUGAGCCUGCGUUCACAGCACCUGCGCUGCUUUCUCUGGCUGCCCAGCCCUUGGAGAGAAGGCAAGGGUGCGGAAGAUCUGCCUGUGGGGACCGCCUGCCCGGCACGGCAAAGACUUGAACAGUGGCUUGGCUAAGCGCCUCUCCGCCCUGAUGCCUGUCACUGUCUCCAUCCCCAAAUAAAGCUGAAAUAUUUUUUUAAGUUAGCUGCAUGAAAGGCAGAAUUCUGUUGGAGCUUGCCCACAGAGGGCUCUCUGUGCGUUUAUGCUUUAGCCCACGGACUCUUGCCUCUAACGCGAAGCUCAUAUUUUUCUAAUUUCUUUGCCAAAAACAGUUGCCAUGGUUUUUUUGUUGUUGAAAAUGAAAUCCAUUGACCAUGAUUUUUGCAAACAGACCCAUGUGGACGCAUUCAGUUCGACGUGUAACAGUAUAAAAGUUUAAUGUACAGUGAGAAAGGUGAUGAAUAGAUGUAGGUUUAUCUUAUUCCUUGAACGCUAAAAACUUUAAUGGAAACAAACUGCACUAAUUUUUUACAGCAAUGCACUAUAUCUGAGAUUUCUCAGAAUGUUUAUUUAUAUAUAAAAAUAUAUACCAUUAUUUAAAUUGCCUUCAGGAUUAGUGCCCCCGCCCCCACCC